AUUGUUACUAAAUAAAUGCAAAUAAAUCAAAUCUUUUCAUAAAUAUACUCGUUAAUUUUUUUAGUUGGCUCUUUGUUGAUAACUCCUUUAACUAUCUAAACUCUGUCGGUUGCAACUUUUUAAAUAUUAUAAGUUGCAUUGUAUUUUGCAUAUAUUUAAAUGCAAUACGAUCAUAAGGAAUGACCGACGUGGCAUUCAACGGGUUAAAAACAUAGCGAACGUAUCAACUCUGCUUUCACGUACUAUGAAAUUAACAAAACAGAUUUUAAAUCGCAUAUAAAUCUCGAUCAAAUUUAAAAACUGCUUGUCACGUUGUUCAUCAGAAUUGAAAAUUGCGGAAGUCAAGUUUUCUGUCACGUGUGCAUGCUAGGCUGCACCGAUAAAGCAGUCUAAGUGACAUAGACUGAAAUAUUGUUCUUAUCAGUAAAUAAGUUUCUUUCGUGAACAAUCUAGACGAAUAUUUCUUGUUCAUCUCAUUAUUCGCGUCUUCGUUCUGCCUGCUCAAGAUGAUAUGCUCAAGGUGCGCGAAGCGUGUUCAGACCAGAAUAAUCCAACUUGACUUGUGGAGUUUGAAUAUUCAAGACGAUGUCCGUCGUGUAGACUGUAUCGACGGCGACCACUUCGUAGCCAUAACAUUGAAAAACAAAAUAAUCGACGUUAACGAUACCUACAGCGACCGACUCGAAGAUGGAUGGCGGGAGGUGCAAACAGAUCGCGAUAAGGUGAUCUUUUACAUACUCAGCCAGAUCGUUUAUCCGAACUUCGACACGCCACGACCAGAGAAAUUUGAAUCGUUAUACGCUUUGGUGGACGAGCACGACCUCGUAUUGCUAAGAUGGCAAGAAGGCAAAGCAGUCGGGUUUUAUACUAUUAAACCUACAGGUACGGAAAUAUUCUCGACGAAGGAAAGGUACACGAUGCCUGUAGUAGACACGGCAUACAUUCGCUCGGAAUAUAGAAACCGGGGUCUCGGUACAGAAAUCCUAUUCGAUGUGAUCAAGCGCUUUCCGAACGAAGACAUCGGCUUUUCGAAGCCGAUCUCCAGCGGCAUGUUAAAAAUUUUGAAAACAUUCCUGUCGAGCCACAAGGAGUACCGGCUGCAUUUCUGGGAGAUCGCGGACUGCGACAUCGGCGGAUCUCAGCAGCUGAUAUGGUGUCGCUUGAAAAAAGCAGCCUUAUGACAAAAAGCAAUUAGAAUUU